AUGUGGUCAGAUCCUGACGACAUCGAUAAUUGGGCUGUAAGUCCCCGCGGUGCUGGCUGGCUCUUCGGCAGAAACGUAACCCGAGAGUUCAACCACCUCGUUCAAGAAGGCUACAAAUACAUGUUCGACAAUGCCCUAGUCACCGUAUGGUCCGCACCUAAUUACUGCUAUCGAUGUGGGAACAUGGCGUCGGUGUUAACGCUGAGAGAAGGUGGGGAGCAUGAAUUCAAGGUAUUCGGUCCGGCACCUGAGAAUGAGGGGGACAAGGGCAUGGGCGGGAGAAAUUUAUGCUGUAUCUUCUUUAUUGCUGUCGGAUAUACCAGUCUUCUUGCUCUCGACAGGAUUGAAGAGUUAUGA